AUGUCCAACAAUCUAUGUUGCUUGCCGGAGAGUGGAGAAAGGUGUGCCCUUGGAAUAGUUGUGGAACUUGGUCUUGAAGAUGUUGUGGACGUUGUCGGUGUUGGAGGUGAUGUUAUCAAAGACAUGGAAGACAAGAUACUUAGCUGGAAUUGCAGGGCCAAGUGGUUUUGGACUUUUGGUUCAAAUUCAACUGCUGAACAAGUCACUCAUCAACAACAUUCUUCUUCUUCUUCCAAUCUAACCGCUAUUAUAACUGGGGCAAGUUCUGGAAUUGGAGCUGAAACAGCAAGAGUGUUAGCAAAGAGAGGAGUGAGAGUUGUAAUUGGCGCAAGGGAUACAAAGAAGGCUAAACAAGCCAAAGAGAAGAUACAAAAAGAAAAUUACCAUUUCCAGCAAAGCUAUCUCCGCUGCAAAUUCAAUCAAGCCAUGUCGGGAAGGAAAGAAACUGUUCUGGACCUAGCGAAGUUCGUUGACAAAGGUGUUCAGGUUAAACUCACUGGUGGCAGACAAGUGACAGGAACUCUCAAAGGUUAUGAUCAGUUGCUAAACCUUGUCCUAGAUGAAGCUGUAGAGUUUCUAAGAGACCCUGAUGAUGCUUUAUUUUUUAUUCAGAAAAACACAACCUUUACUGUGGAACUGGUUUACCUCAUCAAUGAAUAGCAUUUCGUUUUGUAU